AUGUCGAAGAAUCCCUACGCCAGGCCUGCUACCCCUCCUCCCAGCUUGCUGGGCCGCUAUCGCCAAUUGUCCACUACCGCUGGUGUCCAUGUUUCUCCUCUCCAACUGGGAGCGAUGAGCAUCGGAGACAAGUGGGGUCCUUUCGGAAUGGGAGAGAUGGACAAGGAGUCCAGCUUCAAGCUCUUGGAUGCCUACUUUGACAACGGUGGAAACUUCAUCGAUACUGCCAACGGAUACCAAGAUGAGACCUCCGAGCUCUUCAUCGGCGAGUGGGCUGAGAAACGAGGGAUUCGAGACCAACUCUUCAUCGCCACCAAGGCAAGUUGCCUUAACUACACUUCCGACUACAAGCGACACGACCCCUCGAUUAAGCAACGUGUGCUGCUCUACGGCAACAGCGUGAAAUCUCUCCACGUCUCCGUCAACGCCUCUCUCAAGAAACUUCGAACCAACUACAUCGAUUUGCUUUACCUCCACUGGUGGGACUGGGAAACGAGCAUCGAGGAGGUGAUGAGGGGCCUGCACAACCUCGUGGUCCAAGGCAAGGUUCUGUACUUGGGUAUUUCCGAUACCCCCGCCUGGGUGGUCGCCCGCGCCAACCAAUACGCCCGGGACCAUGCCCUUACCCCCUUCGUCAUCUACCAAGGCGCAUGGAGCAUCCUCGAGCGCUCCUUCGAACGCGAGAUCAUCCCAAUGGCCCGCGCCGAGGGAAUGGCUCUGGCGCCCUGGAACGUCCUCGCAGGCGGAAAAUUCAGAACCGACAAGGAGGAAGAGGAGCGCCAAAAGUCGGGUGAACAGGGACGACAGAUGUUCAGCCCGGAUUGGCUCAGGAAUGACAAAGAGAAGGCUAUGUCUGCCGCUUUGGAAAAGGUGGCGAACGAGUUGGGUGCCAAGUCUAUUACAUCUGUCGCGAUUGCCUAUGUCAUGCACAAAGCUCCUUACGUCUUCCCAAUCAUCGGGGGUCGCAAAGUCGAACAUCUGAUGCAGAACAUCGAAGCGCUGGAACUCUCCCUGUCCGAUGAACAGAUUCAGUAUCUCGAGAGCAUCCUUCCUUUCGAGAUUGGAUUCCCUGGCUGGAUGGUCGGUACUGGUGAAACCCUUCCUAGAAUGACACAGUCUGCCGCCGUCAUCGAUAGGCAACCUCUCGUCGCCCCCAUCCGACCUGUGCCUCGAAAGUGA